AUGGAUCACGAUCAGUCUGUUGAGUACUUGGAAGGGCUGUUGGGUCACACACUGCGGAUUCAUACCACGGAUACUCGGAUGUUUGUCGGGCUUUUUAAGUGUACCGAUGCGGACCGGAAUAUCAUCCUCGCCAACUCUUUUGAAUAUCGUAUGCCCACUACAUCUGCCGUACAAGCCGCCGCACACGAGAAAGAGUCGCGGGGAGAAGGGUCGGAAGCAAAGAGCGCAACUGUCAAAGUGAACAUGACACACCGGUUGAUAGGCCUCAUUGUGAUACCAGGACGACACAUUACGAAAAUAGAGCUGGAGUAA